AUGUUGCUGGCCCGUCGGGGGAGGGAACGGCUAAAAAGGUCCUUAGUCGUAGAUGGAGGGGGACUACUUGUCCUGUUGUGGGCCACGCCCGGCCAGCCACCCAGCGGCCAGGUGGUCAACUGCACAGGUAUGGACAGGUCUGAAUUACCUAGAAGCGUUUAUAAAUCAUUUAAAAAAACAUAAGGUUAGACUAGCAGUGGGUCUAGCUAAUGUCUUCUUUGUACAGUUGCAGCUGCAGGACCCUGGUGCUCAGGAGUCCCAGUGGAAGAAGUCCAACAAGGUGGGUUCUGAACUACAAAGUGUAUGAAUAGUUUAGACACAUGGUAGUACUUAUAUUACACAGAAGGUUGAGAUAAAUUGGUCCUGUUUUGGGUGAUUUGGGGUCUCACACACACACACACACACACACAAUCAACUCACAACUGUGCCAGCAGCUUUGUGCAUAGGCUCUUUAGUAUAUGUGCCAAGUCAUGCCCUUUAAUGUGUCUUGGCUUUCUGCCUGUUUGCCAACUGAGUUCCUGUGUUUAUCUUCCUCUCUAAUGGAUUUUUUUCAGAGUUCUGGCAGAGACUGGACCCCUCUGCCUCCCCCUGCCCUGCCCCUGACCCAGAGGAACUGUGUGCUUUCACCGAAAUCUACGGCCCUCUCCACUUCCUUCUCUCCCUCCAGGUGGGUGAACUACAGUACCCACCAGGCUCAGCCACAUGUACACCCCAUUGGUCAGUAAGUCAGUUGACAAUAGACAAAAGAUUAUCUCCACAAAAUAGUGUACUGCACAAUUUUAAUUUCAGCCACCACACAGAGCACAGUGGGCAAACUGAAAUAACACCUCUCUCAAUGGAAAGGUGUGACACUGAGUGGUGGAUGUGACUCUGUGUCUUUUAUUCUCCAGAACAGUGAGGUGAACCUGGACAGGUGUAAGGUGCGGUCACACACAGAGGGCUUCUUGCACAAACUGAGCCUGACCAACGCAGGGGUGAAAAUUCACCUCAAAUUGGAAUUGGAAGGAGAAACAUACCAGCGAAUCUUUAGGUAAUAUUCUCCUUCUAUUAUUAUUACUGCCACUGAAUAUGUUUAAUGUGUGUGAGUAUUGUGGAAUAAUAUUAUGUUAUUCAUGUGUUUUACUCUGUUUUUUCUUAGUGGAAAGGCAGAGAGACUUGCCCUGAAGGACCAGACUGUGAUCAUGGACGUUACUUCUUCUAUCAUGCAGUCAGCAUUACUCCGAUGCCUCUUGUCAUCAUAUAGGUUGGAGAGACAGUUGACCUCUGUCAUUCACAGUACAUCAUAUUGUAAUUAUGUGUCUGUGGCGUAUGUGUGUGUGUGUGUGUGUGUUGGUCCUGCAGGCCUCCCAUGUCAGUGGGAGCAGGCCCGUGGUGCCAGCGAGGCCAUCCUGUAUUAGGAGGUGGGUUGCCUCUACUUAUCCCGCCUGAGGCCAUGGAGAGAGGCCUGUAUGGGGAGUUGAACCUCCUACUAGUCACAGUUCUCACCCCAUGUGUGUUGCAAUACCCCAACCUGGCAACCAGAGUCACACGCAUACAGAUAUCCUUUAUCUAUCACGUCACACACACACACCCCUUCACUCUCAUUCCUGUGUUAUGUCUUGUGUGUUAUGUGUUGAUAUCCCCUUGCCUUGGGGGCUAGUUGUUUAGAUAAGGCCAUUUGAAAGAUGUCUGAGUAGUGACAGUAGACCCUUAUUUCCUACUGAACCAUCAGUCUUUAACCGCAGUCGUACGUGCUGCUGUACAGCCCCAGUAACCUUCCCCUGCUGGGGCCCUCAGCCUUCCUACAGCAGCUGCCUGCCUGUCUGGCCCUGGAGGGGCUGACCUGUACCCCAACACACUCCACCACCUCAGGUACUGGGAUGAGCAAAAUAUUCAAUCAUAUAUCACGUUUGAUUUGUUUAUCUAGUGAUGAUAAAGUGUUUUAUUAUAAAUAAAUACAAUCUAAGUAUAAUGUUAUAACAUAGAUACAACAUAAAACGUAUCCUGAUGCACAGGUAAACACCACUCCUUGCAGUGAGGGAUUGAGUCAGAAUUUGGACAAUUGUUUGCAUUCACCAAUUUAGCAUUGAGUAGGCAUGAUUAUGCAAAGAGGCGUUUGUUGCAUGUAGCCUAUUAUUAUCAUCAGACCUAAAUAUGACCUAAAUAUUUAGAAAUGUUUACAUUCUGAAAUGCCAUCCACUGAACACGGCCUGUUAUCAGAAUGUCAGACCAGAGCCUGUGACAAGCUACAUGCAAUGUUCAACAAGCCUUGCUGACAAGCUAAUUAUUAUGUUCAAACCAGAGCCUUGCUGACAAGCUAUUAUUUCCAGAGCCUUGCUGAAAGCAAUUAUAUUUCAACCAAGCCUUGUAAAGUUUAUUAGUGAGCCUUGUGACAACUGUAUAUGUCAGACCAACUUGCGACAAGCUUAUUAUGUUCAACCGAGCCUGUGACAUUAUAUAUGUCAACAGAGCCUGUACAAGUAAUACUUAUUUCAUACAGAGCUUGCUGACAACAAUUUAGUGGUGCUGACGCUCCUCUGAUAAUUCAACAAAGUCAUAACACUUAUUUACCAUACCUGCUACCACCUCUCAACAGAUCCCUCUGCAGUGACACUGUGUACAGUAUAGACAGAGCACAGUUUCACGGAACUGAGCCAGAAAUUGAUCCCCGCUGUGACAGACCCUCUCUCUGUUCCGUUCCUCCAGCACAGUGACCCCCUUCCACUCGCCACUCUCUGAACUUCAUGGUGAGGAAAUAACUCAACAACAAACCUCUGCUUUAGUUACCCUGACUGAAGAAGAUGUGGUUCACUCAACAAUCAAAUGAGUCUGUGUCUUACACAGGCUUGACUCAAAGUUUCAACACAAAAAUAUUUAACAUGCAGUUACAGCUCACUGUGCUCAGGAGAUAGGAAGCAGACCACAGUCAACCUCCUGUUUAUCAAAUUGUGAUUAAUUGAGACUUCAUGAGUAACACCCACUGGAAUUAGAAGAGGAGGCUGUAGUCCCGUGUAGCUCAGUUGGUAGAGCAUGGCGUUUGCAACGCCAGGGUUGUUGGUUCGAUUCCCACGGGGGGCCAGUAUGAAAAUGUAUGCACUCACUAACUGUAAGUCGCUCUGGAUAAGAGCGUCUGCUAAAUGAUGUAAAUGUAUAUUUUUGGUUACUCAAAGACCACAAUUAUGAAGUUACCACACCCUUUGAGCGACCGCAUUGACCAUAUGUUUUUUCUUCUUCUUCAUAUCAUGGAUUCUGACAUUAGCCAUUUGGUAGUUCAAUCAAAGGUCACAUCGAAAACAUCCAAUGACAUGGUAUCCAAACUCAGCAAAGAAGUUGUUUAGCUCAUGGUCUCAUCUCAAGGUUUCAUGUCUCCCUGCAGCCAGUGAGGAGCUGUUAGAGCUCCACCUCGAGGAUGUUUUGAGGUACAACAGGGAGGCGGUGACAGCAGCCCUGAACACGCUGCUGCAGAGCACACUGAAAGACCAGCAGCAGAGAGACAAGGCAAGCACUCGGAGUCUAUACACACUCACUCACUUACACACACAGGCACACUCACUCACUUACACACACACACACACACACACACACUCACACAGACACAAAAGGCAAGCACUCUGGCUCUAUAUACAAACAAAAAUUCACUAUCAGAGAUCCUCUUCUAAUCAUGAUGUAUAUUAUAUUUCCCACAACUAUGUACGUUUGGAUGACUGUCUGUCGAUCUGUCUGCCUGCCUGUCAAUCUGUCUGCUUGCCUGUCGCUCUGUCUGUGUCGGUCUGCCUGUCGAUCUGUCUGCCUGCCGAUCUGUCUGCCUGCCUGCCUGCCUGUCAGGCUCAGGAGAAGAUGUGCUCUGCCCUGGGGGUGAUGCUGAGAUCUAUAUGCUGUGUGGUGAGCAGCAGCACCAACAUGGAGUUCAGAGCUGCCUGUCUGGACCGCAUGAU